GCAAACCAAACUUCACCUCUGCACCAAGAUGUCUUGCUCCGACCUGUGCCCCCCAAGAACCGUCGUUGCCGUCCCCCAGCCCAUCGCUGAGAGCUGCAACGAGCUGUGCGCCCGCCAGUGCCCCGACUCCUCGGCCUUCAUCCAGCCCCCCCCGGUGGUGGUCACCUUCCCCGGCCCCAUCCUCAGCUCCUUCCCCCAGCAAGCCGUGGUGGGCUCCUCCGGAGCACCCGCCUUUGGGGGCUCCCUGGGCCUGGGGGGCCUCUACGGCGCCGGGGCCACCCAGGGCUCGGGGGGCCUCUGCACCUUUGCCAGACCCUCCUACGUUUCUCCCGCCUGCAGCCCUUGUGUCCUGCCCCGCUACAGCAAGAAGCUCUGGGACACCUGUGGGCCCUGCUAGACACAGCCCAGCCCCAGCACCUGCCCUCAGCCCAA